AUGUCGAAGUCUGCAAACGAGACCUCUAGUAGCGGCUUCCUCGGUGGUCUAGGACCCUCGAUCAGAAGGUAUCCAUACAAGGGAACUGAACAGUUUCUAGAAUUUAUAAAGAUGGAACAGAGUCGCCAAAAAGAGGAAUUCGAGGCGAGUGAAUGGGUGCUCUUCACCAACGUUAACAAGCAGACCUUCAAUCGCGACUUCCUCAACACGAACAGAAUGGUCCUUGAGCGUUGCUGGAAUUCUUACGACUCUUCCCAGGACCUUCUCCUGGUCAAAACGACAGUCUUACGCGCUCAUGACAUUACCGCACACGUAUUCGCAAAGCUCUUGAUUGAUUGUCUUAGGCCAAUGGACCUCGAUAACAAUCUUCAACUCUUUCGAUCUGCCUCUUGCAUAGCAGAAAAUGGCUCCGCUAAACAGCCUGACUGCCAAUAUGUACCAGACAGUCUUCCUCGAGCUCGAACGGAUAAAUGGCCCUCGCUUGUUGUGGAAACGGGCUUUUCAGAAUCGCCUUGUAAAUUGAUGUCGGAUGCUCGGUUCUGGCUUUCUGAGUCCAACGGCGAUGUUCAAGUGGUUCUCACAAUCAAGAUCGGUCGGAGCUCGCCUAACAUCGUGCUGGAGGCAUGGGAACUUGUGGACGAUAAGGUCAAAUGUCAGCAAAUCGUUUCGGUCAGCAAAGGCGAGAAUGGCCAUCUCUACUUCCAGGGCCAGCCGCUUAUUAUCAGCUUUGAGAAGCUGUUUCUUCGCCUGCCGAGCAUCCCCAACGAAAGGGACAUCACCCUCGACGAGGCUAGUUUGGAGCAGCUUGCCACGCAUGUCUGGCACGAUCAAGGGUUUUGA